GGAGCGAUACAGACUGAUGAUACGAGAAGUCACAGGGCUACAAGUAUUGCGGGCUUUAACCUCAACAAAAACGCGUACCCAAUGAGCGCACUCGAGCACCUCCCCAAAAUCUGAUUACAAGCUGUGGAUGUUUACACAUGACGUGCGCGCAUAAAGGCGACAGAUGAGGAGAGCCGCUUCAGUAUACAGGUAGAGCAAAGGGAUGGAUCACAGACCGGCGGAUUUCGCACUUUGUGGACGCGCAAAGGCAACCUUUUAGUGCACCGCAUCCUGGAAUAUUUUACGUGCGAAUCUAAUAAAUAAGUCUCAAAAGUGUUUGAAUAUCGCGCACAAUCAUGUUUUUGUUGCUAAGGUCAGUUCUUCUUGUUAAUGUGUUUUACGCUCAAUGGGAAGCUGUUGGUUCAAUGCAGAGUCAGUUUUGCGUACCCGUCAGACUGGAUCAUCAGAGAUUUGUCAAGAACAGUUUAUUCAGUGAAGAGAACACGUUGCCACAAAGAGUUGAAUUCAAAAUAAGCGCAUUUGAACAAGAUUUUGUACUCGAAUUGCAGUCGGACUCCAGCUUCAUUGCCCCAAGCUUCUCGUCACAGACAGACGCAACUUCACCGAAUUCAGCUGAGAGCGCAGAUCUGAGCCGGUGUUUUUACGCCGGUGAUGUGAAUUCAGAUCCACUGUCUUAUGCAGCGGUGAGUUUAUGCAAAGGCUUGCAGGGUGCAUUCGGCUAUGAUGGCUGGGAAUAUUUCAUUAAGCCGGUUUCCAACGACACCACCGAUUGGGACAACGUGGACGCGCAUCUUAUCAGACGCAGGUCUAACGCCAAUCUGAGUGGAAACUCCACGUCAAGAUGCGGCGUGGACAAUGGUGUGACUCACAGCAUUGUACAGUCCUUGGCAAAGUUGAAACACAAGGAAGAGCACGUUAAGAAUAUGAGCAUGUCAGUGCUGAAAAAUCGCUCAAAGAGAUUUGUCUCCAUUCCGCGUUAUGUCGAGACGUUAGUGGUAGCCGAUGAGUCUAUGGCAAAAUUCCACGGUGACGACCUGAAACAUUACGUGCUGACCCUAAUGUCGGUUGCAGCUAAGCUUUACAAACACCCCACCAUUCUCAACUCCAUCAACGUAGUGGUUGUCAAGUUUAUGGUGAUUAACGAUGAAGAGAAAGGACCCAAGGUUUCCGGGAACGCAGCGAUGACCCUGCGUAAUUUCUGCACCUGGCAAAAGAAGCUCAACAAGAACAACGACAAGCAUCCGGAGUACUGGGAUACGGCUAUCCUAUUCACAAAACAGGACCUGUGUGGAGCCUCAACGUGCGACACACUGGGUAUGGCAGAUGUAGGCACAAUGUGCGACCCCAAGAGAAGCUGCUCUGUGAUCGAAGACGAUGGGUUGCCAUCUGCCUUCACUACUGCCCAUGAGCUUGGACAUGUCUUCAAUAUGCCGCAUGACAAUGUUAAGGCAUGCGAGGAGGUAUUUGGCAAGCUGGAGGACAAUCACAUGAUGUCUCCCACUCUGAUCCGGAUUAAUCGCACCAGUCCUUGGUCACCAUGCAGUGCUGCCAUUAUCACAGAUUACUUGGACAGUGGACAUGGUGACUGUCUGCUGGACCAGCCUCAGAAACCUUUAGCUCUGCCAGAUGUGCUUCCUGGUGCAUCAUACGGUCUAGAGCGGCAGUGUGAGCUUGCGUUCGGAGACGGUUCGAAGCCGUGCCCCUUCAUGCAGGCACCAUGUCAGCGCUUGUGGUGUACCGGAAAGACCCGUGGCCAGCUGGUGUGCCAGACGAGGCACUUUCCAUGGGCUGACGGAACCAGCUGUGGAGAUGGAAAGCUUUGUAUGCGGGGCACAUGUAUAGAGAAACAAGAUAUACCCAAAACUAAGGUGGAUGGCAGAUGGGGUAAAUGGGGCCCAUUUGGAACCUGCUCCAGAACAUGUGGAGGUGGUGUACAGCUGUCAAAAAGACAGUGUGACAAUCCAGUGCCGGUUAAUGGGGGGAAAUACUGCCAGGGAGUGAGAGUCAAAUACCGUUCCUGCAACCUCACGCCAUGCAUUGACACAGACAAGAGCUAUCGUGAGAAGCAAUGUGAAGCUUAUAACGGCUUCAGUCUGAACACUAACCGGCUCACUCCAUCUGUGGUGUGGGUGCCAAAAUAUUCCGGUGUGUCCACUAAAGAUAUGUGCAAGCUGAUCUGCAGGGCAAAUGGAACAGGCUACUUCUACGUGCUCGCCCCAAAGGUUGUUGAUGGGACACCAUGUUCUCCUGACUCCUCAUCAGUAUGUGUGCAAGGCAAAUGCAUCAAAGCAGGCUGUGAUGGGAAACUGGGCUCCGACAAGAAGUUUGACAAGUGUGGUGUAUGUGGAGGAGAUAACAAGAGCUGCAAGAAGGUGUCAGGACUUUUUACUAAGCCAAUACAUGGUUACAACUUUGUGGUCAUGCUUCCCAUUGGAGCUGCCAACGUUGACAUAAGGCAGCGUGGCUAUAAAGGAAUUUUGAGUGACGACAAUUACCUUGCUGUGAAGAACAGCCAGGGCAAGUACCUGCUAAAUGGAAACUAUGUGGUUUCUGCCAUGGAGAAGGAUAUUCUGGUGAAAGGCAGUUUGCUUCGCUACAGUGGAACCGUUGGUUCCUCUGAGACUCUGCAGACAGUAAAGCCUCUGGGUGAGUCCCUGGUGGUUGAGGUGUUGUCUGUGGGCAAGAUGACACCUCCACGUAUCCGGUAUUCAUUUUACCUACCACGGGAGAGCAAGGAAAACAAAAUGCAAAAGAAGGAAGAAAGGGCACAUGCCGAAAACAGCGUUCUUAGGGAAGAGGGAGAUAAAGUUGGAAAAAAGGCAGACCUUCUCAAGGACAACAUCUCACCGCCUUACGCCAAAGAGAACCUCCCAACACCAGCUAAAUGGGUGGCAGGAGGGUGGGAUAUGUGCUCUGUUACAUGUGGCAACGGCCUCCAGAGGAGGUUGCUCCAAUGUCUCAAAGCAGAUGGUGGACCUGGCAUUGAUUGUGACAAUAAACAAAAGCCCAGUGUCAUCCGGGUAUGCGGAGACCCUUGUCCAAUGUGGGAAGUGGGCGAAUGGUCGCCCUGCUCCAAGACCUGCGGGAAGGGCUUUAAACGGCGCAUACUUCUUUGUGCUACAAAUACAGGACACCUGGUGCCCAGGGAGCAAUGUGCAGGCAAGAAGAAGCCACAGGAGCUGGACUUCUGUUCACUACCACCUUGUAAAUAAACCUUCUCCUUUUACUAUUUCCGUUUUGUCAAGAUUAAUUCAAUCUUUCCAACAGAGGAAAGAUUGAAAAAAGACUAUAGUUUACGUUUUCUAAUCUAUCACAAGCAAGUCAUGAGACCAACUGCCUUGAACACAAAUGCAAAUAGUAUUCUACCUCUAACUGUAAACCAAUGAAUUGAAUACUUGUAAAUUAUUUGGAUGAGACCAAAUUCAUAAUCAUGAAUGGCAUGAACUUUUCUAUGGCCAAAGAACUAAAACGUGCAUACCGUGAUGCUGCCUUUUUUUAGCUUAUGCAAAUGAGGCGUUCACACUGCGAUGACAACUAUAACUAUAUUAGCGUUCACACUUAACGGACAAUAGCGAUAACGUUAUGUUAAUUCUUAACUCACACGCUGCAGUGUUACAGUCACAAAAAUGGAUGUAGAUGACCUGCUGUUGCUUCACCGCGCUGGCAUGCAAAGCAUGUAUCUUCCAAACGUACUCAUAAUAUAUAAAAAUCACAUCUUACCAACUGUUACCGUCUUUAAUUUGGACUUUGAACCGCACUACAAUAGCCAAACAGUCGUGGGGCAGUCGUGGCCUAGUGGUUAGUAGGGUUAAUUUUAGCAAUUCCGAUGCCAAUUGCGCUUAGCCAAUUCGGUUCUUAUCGAAUCCUGGUUCCGAUUCCAAUAUUUUUGUGAGAGAAAAAAAGAGCAGAUACUUUCAAGAAUUUUUAUUUAUUCCUGCCACAUUUAGUCUGUAACUAAAUGUACAGACAAUAAAAUUCGUCUAAAAAUGACAUUUAAAAAAAAGUGCCAGAAUGAAUGGUACAAAUUGCAGAGCUCUCAAGUUUUAUCAGAAGUUUGGAGUGAGAUUAGGGCAGGGCCAUUAAGGUAUUUGCAGCAGUUGCCCCUCGGCCCACCCAAUUUGAUCAAGUUUGUGCUAUAGCAAUUCAAUUUUACUUCUUGUUCAUAACUGACAAGCACAAAUAGAAAUUCUAACAAUUGGUAAGUCUGAUAAAAGACAGAAAAAUUCAUUAAAAUAAAAUAUUUUUAUAUAGCCUAUUUAAAAACUACAAAUGUAUCCAAAUUAAAAUGAAUUGUGUGAGUAGCACGAGAGCGAUUUGAAAUCGGACUCCUCCGUAUGAUUUGUAAAAAGGUCUUGUGGUACUUUGAUGUCAUGUGUUUCUCGGUUCUUGCAGCAACAGCGUAAAGUUGAGCACAUCUAAAAACUCGAGACAGCUAUGAACUCCCGGUGGAGAACUUGCGUAUGCCUGCACCUCAUCAAUUAUUUGUAUAUAGAACAAAAAGUUAUUUCUUACUCCUCAGCGUGAGUGUGACGAAGUGUGACGUGUGAACUGGCGUCUUUGUCUAACAAGAGAGAAGUCCGUUUAUCCAGAAGUAUGCGGCUUUAAUUCGACACGGUACAUUCCUUCAGAUUAACGCUGUGUUGAAGCAAAUGUUUCAUCAUAUUAGAGGUACUGCCUCCCUUACACGAAAUAUCCUUACCACCAUUAUGUAUUGCACAUGGCAAUACCACAGUCUUUUUUCACAAAGUUUAACCAAACUUUUGAAUGUUUGCUGCGGUCAGUAGUGCCAAGUGUAUUGUUCAAUGAGAGAAGGUUUGUCGCAGGUCCUGGCAGAUGGAUACAACUGUAAAACGUUCACUGCUGUUUGCCGUGUGAGAAUUACUGAAAGAGUCAGGAAUCGAUAAACAGUAUAAAAAUGCGCCCGUUAUAUCGACCCCCCCCCCCAAAAUAGAACCAAGUUCUCGACACCCAACCCUAAUGGUUAGAGUCCUAAUGAUAGCCCUUCAACAAGGCACCCUUCACCCAGUUGCGCCCUGGGUGCUGCAGUGAUAGAUGCUUACUACUCCGGGUAUGAAUGUGUCACAACUGGGAUGGGUGAAAUGCAGAGGGUAAAUAUCAAGUAUGGAUCUCUUGAACAACAUUCAGAGAUUAUAUUUGGCAGUAUGUUUUAUCAUUCAUCAGCUGAAAAUGGUUCCAAAACGGGUCCAUACGAUAAUUGUUCCUUGUAUCUUUAUCAUUAUAGGUGUGUUGUGUGAACUCAACUUUUGUCUUUAAUUUAGAACGAUUUUUAAAACUAUAUUUUUUGUAGUUAAAGUUAUCAUUGUCGUCCAAUGUGUGAAUGGCCCAGUUUACACCUAUUAAGCCCUGGCUGGACAAAUGCAUUGCUUUUAACAGAAUCCUUUUUUUUUUUUACAAACAAGGGGUACUUUUGUGUACUUUUGUGUGUGAGCAAUUGAUGUUUGAAAUGACCUUUAAUGAAUGCUUGCAGUGGAGCAAAGCCCAAACACUGAUAUACUCCAUCUGGGUUAACAGAAACAUUCCACAGGGUAUAUAAUAAACUAGCUCAAGAAAUGCCCAUGUACUGCAUGAAACUGGCUGCGACUCUAUAAAGCACAGAACCCGGCGGAUAGAGUCCUGGGAAAGUUAUCCAGGGAGCUGUCUGCUAUAACCAGACAAAUCAUCCAAGGAUGAACCUGGACUAUUUGUAGAAAAUGUUAAUAUUUGUAAAAAUUGUUUACUUUAAUACAGUAGUUUAUCGUACGUUAUCAACUACAUCCAAGCAGCGCUAUCCUUUCACAUGCAUGAGAUUUUAGUGGAAGUACAAUCUACGGGGGCCUAAACCUAAGCAUUUUUGCAACUCACAAGCUCAAGUAGAGCGAAGAAGCAGGAUGCAUGUUUUACAUCGUGCAAAUAAAUGAAAUCAUUGGUGUAGCAUUACGAUUUGUAGCCUUCUUAGGCAGGCACAGCUAUUUUCCAUCAUGCCCUUUCAUGCAAUCCAACGAUUCAUCUUUACCACAUCAGUAAUUCAGAGGGGCCAUUAUGACAAAGUACAGAUCAUUGAAAUAUUUCAGUCUUAAGAGAUAUAUUAGCCCCUUAAAAUGAAACAGCAGAAAGACAGCUUUGGGUAUACAAGGCCUGCGUCUUAUCACUAUGUGUGUGUUAGCAUGUUUAACUCCCCUUAGUCUUUCUCUCAUGUCUAGUUAUCUCCCAAAAGUCCUCGCUGAUAUUGUUGCUCAGCAUACCAUGGCCAGUGUACAUCUUGCUGUCAGCCAGGUUUUAUAUUGCCAAAAACAUUCCCUUCUCAUCCAAUUUUCUACCAGAGUAGUGUUGUUGUAAUGCUGUUUAUCUUACAUGCCCCCUUCUUUUCGACCACUGAGCCAGAGGUGCAGCUGCUACGACCGUGCCCUGUCUGGUACAGUUGCCAUUUUAACUAAGUUAUUAUUUCUAUUAAUGAAUUUUAAGAACUGGUGGCAGAAGGUUGUAUAGUGUCGUGCCCUGCUCUUAGUGGCAACAUUUUUUUUGUAUACAGUAAAAAAUACGCCCAACGUUUUUCAUUUGUGAUCAAGGUUCUUAAGAGUGACCAUAUCGUCCAUCUAAAAGAUGGUUUGUGUAUUACUUUUUUAAUGCAUAUUUUUCUUUUGCGCUUUUGUACAGCAAAAGAUUUCAAUGUCCUGCAUGGGCUUGUAUACCAUGUAUACAUCCAUCUGGCUGUGCACAAGUCAUGUAAAUACCUAUUAUGUCUUGUUAUACUUAAAUAUAUUUUUUUUCUUGUCAAUGCUUCUAGGUAUUUAUUCCAAAUAAAACAUUUAGAAAUA